CGGCGCGGUGCGAGCGACCGGCGCGGCCCGAGCGGCACCGGCACCGGCCGCCGGCCCAGCCCAGCCCAGCUCGGCCCCGCGGGGCCCCGAUGAUGCUGGGCGCUCGGGCGGCGGAGCAGCAGCAGCAGCAGCGCCCGAACGUGCGGCGGCCGCCGCCGCCCCAGUGACGGCCCCGCCAUGUCGGUGAUGGUGGCGAGGAAGAAGGUGGUUCGGAAAUGGGAGAAGCUGCCGGGCAGGAACACCUUCUGCUGCGACGGCCGUAUCAUGAUGGCCCGGCAGAAGGGCAUCUUCUACCUGACGCUCUUCCUCAUCCUCGGCACCUGCGCCCUCUUCUUCGCCUUCGAGUGCCGGUACCUGGCUGUCCAGCUGUCCCCGGCCAUCCCCGUGUUUGCAGCAGUUCUCUUCCUCUUUGCCAUGGCCACGCUGCUGCGGACGAGCUUCAGCGACCCCGGCGUGAUCCCGAGGGCCCUGCCCGAUGAGGCAGCCUUCAUUGAGAUGGAGAUUGAGGCCACCAACGGCACCGUGCCGCAGGGUCAGCGCCCGCCCCCGCGCAUCAAGAACUUCCAGAUCAACAACCAGAUUGUGAAGCUCAAGUACUGCUACACGUGUAAGAUCUUCCGGCCGCCCCGCGCCUCGCACUGCAGCAUCUGUGACAACUGCGUGGAGCGCUUUGACCAUCACUGUCCCUGGGUGGGCAACUGCGUGGGAAAGAGGAACUACCGCUACUUCUACCUCUUCAUCCUCUCGCUCUCCCUCCUCACCAUCUACAUCUUCACCUUCAACAUCGUCUACGUAGCACUGAAAUCUCUGAAGAUUGGGUUUCUGAACACAUUGAAGGAAACCCCAGGGACUGUACUGGAGGUGCUCAUCUGUUUCUUCACGCUGUGGUCAGUGGUGGGGUUAACUGGCUUCCACACCUUCCUGGUGGCACUGAAUCAGACAACCAACGAAGACAUUAAGGGGUCCUGGACUGGGAAGAACCGUGUGCAGAAUCCCUACAGCCAUGGCAACAUAGUGAAGAACUGCUGCGAGGUGCUCUGCGGGCCCCUGCCCCCCAGUGUCCUGGACAGACGGGGCAUCCUGCAGCAGGAGGAGAGCACAGCUCAGGAGGGGUCGUGCCCGCGAGGACCCGGCACGCAGGAGCCCCCGGCCACGCAGGGCCCUGGGCAGGCCCAGGAGGGUGGCAUGAAGCAGCAGGACGGCAGCAUUCCUCCUCCCAGUGCCGUCCCUGCGUCGGCUGUGAGCGACACCGAGAUGCCAGAGGAGAAGCAGCGAACGCCUGGGGAGCUCCCGGUGCCCUCCCCGGACCCUGGGCGAGCAGAGCACUAGCAUCUGCUUGGAAGGGAGAACUUUGUUGUUUUGUCUAAUCAAAGCUGGAAGUGGUGGAGGAGAGGAGAAGGGCUGGAUGGCAGGCACCUGAUUCCCCAUGGCCAUUUUGCUUUAGUCAUUAUCCCCGCGGUGCGGGCAGCGCUGGCCUGGCGCAGUGGCACGGGACAGCGAGCGCGGGUGGCACACCCUGGUCACCGUGGGGCACUGCCAGCGCCAGGCCUGCCUGGGGCCGGGCCUCUGGCUCUGUGGGCUGUCCUGGGUGCUCCAUCCCGCCUCAGGGCUGGGGCUGUCCCUCCGCCCGGGCCCAGCUCUGACAGGGCGAAGCUGUCAGGGCCGGCCUGCUCCCUCCUGCUGAGGAAUCCCCAAGGAAGGGGAAAGCAAUCGUGGCAGCAAUGUCCUCUCUCCCCUCCUCCCUCCUUCCUCUAAUCUGUUCCGUUGUUUUGUGGUUGGCGUGGCAAAGCUUGUCAGGAGAUGUUUUGGUGCCCCAAGGACCCAAACGAGUGGGAAGGAGUUCUGCUGGCAGCAGUUUUUAAGUGGCUGUCUUCCUGUGCUCUUUUCCAUGUGAUGUAACAAGGCAGCAGCUAUGAGGGACCCUCCUUCCUGUCCUGCCCUGGUGCUCACACCACCCUGGGCUUCAAGGGAGAGAGAGGGCAGCCAGGGCGGACAGCUGCAGGGAAGGAUCUGCCUGUGCCACUGGCUCCUGGCUGCUGCUGGGGCUGCAUUUGUUGCUGGGUGUCUGCACUGAGCCCUCCCCUGCUGUGGCAGAGCAGCUCUCCAGGACCUCAGCCCCGAUCUGUGUUGUGUCAUUGCAUCCCCUUGUCCCCCCCUUGCCUUGUUCUGCUGUUCUCAUCCAUCCUAGACUGGCUUUGGGAGCCUUGGAUCUUCCCAGGAUUGUGCCAGCUGCUCAGGGCUGGACUUGUGUGUCCUGGACAGAGAAGGAGAGGCUGGGGGGAUGGUGGGUGAGCUCUGUGCCAUGGCAGGGCUCCCCCCACCCCACAGUCCCCAUCCUGCACUGGCAGGACCCUCACACCUCUGGGAUCCCUGCAGAGGUCCCUGGUGGAGGAGAGGCCCUGGCAGCUCCUGGUCCCUUGUGCUGGGCACUCCCGUUCCUCCCCGCAGGCGUGUGAUGGCUGCUGGGGGUGUCCUGCCAGGCCAGUCCCGUGUGUGUGUCCGUGAUGCUGCUGGCUGGCAGCGAGGGGUGUGGAUUGAACUGUCCCCUCUCCCGCCGUGUGGGGCCUCUUCUCCCGGGUGAGAGGGCAGAGCUGCCACAGCUGCUCCCAGUUGGAAUGUGGCUGGGAAGGAGCCCCGGCGCCCUGCCAUGGCCCUCAGCCAGCCCAGCCGCAUCCCGUUCCAUCCUCCAGGACAGAGCUCCUGUGCCCCACCCCGUGGGAGUCGCCCCAACACGCUACUGACCAAACCAAAUCUCCAAUUCGGUGCGAAAAAGUGUGUAUUUUGGCUUUGCUGCUCCCUGUUCCACCAGGUGUGUGGAGUGCUGCCUGCCGGGACCUGCCUGCAUGGGUCAGGGUCUCCCGAAGGAAGGAAGGGGGUUGGGUGAGGGUUGGGUGUUCUUUUUUUUUUUUUUUUUUUAAUUAUUUUUUUUAAUUUUAAAACAAUGAAGGAAACUUAAUUGGUUUGAAAACGGC